AUGUGGGUACCGACUAAUAGCCUUGCAGACAUCCUACGAAUCCUGCUGAUGGUACCGAUUUACGCCGCUGUCUCUUUUGCGUCCUACCUCUUCUGGAAUCAUUCUACUGCUCUGCUCCUGAUCCGAGACUGUUACGAGGCUAUUGUGCUGACCUCCUUCUUCUACCUCAUAUUGAAUUACCUCUCCCAUGACCCCGAGGAGCAGAAAGACAUCUUCCGCAAGGUUGGACUCUCUCGCGAGAAUGAUCGGGAGGCACGCAGGCGAGGAGCUCCCCUUGCGCACUGGGUUUUUCCUCUCCAGUCAGUAGGCUGGAAGCCGGAGGAUGGUCUCUACUUUCUGCAACUGAUGAAAUGGGGCGUUCUGCAGUAUUGUGUGAUCAGACCACUGACAACCCUAGCAGCAGUCAUUUUGAACUACAUCGGCCUGUACUGCGAUGAUUCAUGGAGCCCUGGCUGGGGUCAUCUCUACAUUACGAUUAUCAUGUCGAUAUCCGUCACCAUAGCUAUGUACUGUCUGAUACAAUUGUACAUGCCGAUUGCAGGACACCUUGCACCGCACAAGCCGCUGCUAAAGUUAUUCGCCGUCAAGGCUGUUGUCUUUCUCACGUUCUGGCAAGAAACACUUAUAUCAGGACUGGAGGAUGUUGGCGUCAUCAAAAACGUGCGCCAGACAUUGUGUAUGCUGAUAACUGACAAACACAACUCGGAUAGACCACGUACAUGA